AUGUCGUCGAAUCUCCCAUACACCUGCAACACCUGUCUCGUUGCGUUCCAUCGCAGCGAUGCACAGAGGGAUCAUAUGCGCAAGGACUGGCACUUGUACAAUAUGAAGCGUCGGAUCGCAGCCCUCCCACCCGUCUCCCAGGAAACCUUCAACGAGAAGGUCCUCGCCGCCAAGGUUAACUCCACUGAAGCCGCCGCUAAGGCCUCUUAUGAGAAGAGCUGCCACGCCUGCCAGAAGGCCUUUUUCAGCGAAAAUUCCUACCAGAACCACGUCAAGAGUUCCAAGCACAAGCAGCGUGAAGCCCGCCUCAGCAAAGAGGAUGACAAUGCGUCGGUCAUGAGCUCAGCGUUCUCACUUGGAGAGCCCGUUGGCAAGGCGCAGGAUGCCGAUGUUUCCAACGUCACAGAUGACCUUAAGGCCGCUACCAUCGCAGAGGAUAAGGAGGAUGAGGAAAUGGAGGAGGAGAAGGAUGCGUUCUCCUCAUCUCACUGUCUUUUCUGCCGUACAGAGUCUUCCGACAUCGAGGCAAACGUCGAGCACAUGUUCAAGAACCACGGCAUGUUUAUCCCCGAGCGCAAAUACCUGGUCAACCUGGAGGGUUUGAUCAACUACCUCUACCGCAAGAUCAACGACAACCACGAAUGUCUCUACUGCCAUGCCAUCCGCAACAAUGCUGAUGGUGCCCGCACCCACAUGCGCGACAAGGGUCACUGCAUGAUUGCCUUCGAGGCUGAGGAGGAGCAGAUCGAGAUCGGCCAGUACUACGAUUUCCGCAGCUCCUACUCCGAUGACGAGGAGGACGAUGAAGAUGAGACGAUGGCUGAGGCUGGUGGCGUGAAGGUCCAGUCUUCGGAUGCGGACGAGGCAGGCUGGGAAACCGAAACAUCUGCUUCUUCCUUCGAUGACGAUGAGAUUGAUUCCCGCCGCAAGGCUCCCCUCAUCUACCAGGAUGACUACGAGCUUCACCUGCCUUCCGGCAAGAGUGUUGGUCACCGCUCCCUCGCCAAGUACUACCGCCAGAACCUGCACAACUAUCCGAGCCCUGACGAGCGGGCUACUCGCCAGCUUGCUAUUGAGAAUGGUGAGAUCGAAGAGGAGGAAGAGAAGCCUCGUGGCCGCAACCAGAAGCGCGCUCUCAUCACUCGUGCCAAUGGUGGCGAUGGUAUGAUUGCUGCCACUGAUGAGCAGAAGCAGGCUGCUCUCAUCUCAGAGCGCCGUGAUAGAACUCGCACACAGCGUGCAGAGAACAAAUAUUUGGCUCGCAUUCAGAAACAGAACAACUCCCAGAAGCACUUCCGUGAUCCUCUUCUGCAGUGA